UGUUCGUUAGACCAUAAGCUCUGCUAUGUUGUGUCGUCGGGUAAUUCGAUUGUUUGCGACAGAGACAGGGAGCAAGAAGACAUGGGAUCCAGUUCAAUGCCUUCAGUUCAAUCACCAAUCUCUUGUUCUGCUCGAGAAUUGCAAUUCAAGGAAUCAGUUCAAGCAGGUUUUGGCACAGAUCAUGCGUUUCAAUCUCAUCGGCGAUACGUUUCCAAUGAGCCGUCUUAUCUUGUUCUCGGCGAUCACAUAUCCAGAGAACAUUGACUUGGCGAAGCUUCUGUUUCUUAAUUUCACUCCAAACCCAAAUGUUUUUGUUUACAACACAAUGAUCUCUGCUGUUUCGAGCUCCAAAAAGGAAUGCUUUGGUCUGUAUGGUUCUAUGAUUAGGGACUGUGUUACUCCGGACAGGCACACAUUUCUCUACGUCAUGAAAGCUUCGAGCUUUCUGUCGGAAGUGAAGCAGAUCCAUUGUCAUAUCAUUGUUUCUGGGUGUUUGUCUCUUGGGAAUUACCUGUGGAAUUCUCUGGUUAAGUUAUACAUGGAGUUGGGGAGUUUGGGUUUUGCAGAGAAGGUGUUUGAUAUAAUGCCUGAACCAGAUGUCAGCUCUUUUAACGUUAUGAUUGUUGGUUAUGCCAAGAAGGGUUUUAGUUUAGAGGCGCUGGAACUUUAUUAUAAGAUGGUUGGUGAUGGUAUUGAACCUGAUGAGUACGCAGUGUUGGGGCUUCUUGUUUGUUCUGGUCAUUUAUCAGAUAUUAGGCUUGGGAAGGGAGUUCAUGGUUGGAUUGAGAGGAGGAGACCAUGUCAUUCGUCUAAUUUGAUUCUGAGCAAUGCUCUUUUAGACAUGUACUUCAAAUGCAAAGAACCUGGUCUUGCUAAAAGAGCUUUUGAUGCGAUGAUUAAGAAAGACAUGCGUUCUUGGAACACCAUGGUUGGUGGGUUUGUUAGGCUUGGAGACAUGGAAGCUGCUCAGGCUGUUUUUGAUCAGAUGCCUAAAAGGGAUCUUGUUUCUUGGAAUACUCUGCUUUUUGGUUACUCGGACAAGGGAUGUGAGCAGAGAGCCGUUAGAGGAUUGUUCUAUGAAAUGAUGGUUGCAGAGAAGGUCAAACCAGACCGUGUCACAAUGGUUAGUUUGAUAAGUGGUGCAGCAAACAAUGGAGAUUUGAGCCUUGGAAGAUGGGUGCAUGGAUUAGUGAUCCGUCUGCAACUGAAAGGUGAUGCCUUUCUGAGUUCGGCUCUGAUAGAUAUGUACUGCAAAUGUGGUAUCAUUGAGCAGGCUUUCAUGGUUUUCAAGACAGCUACCGAGAAAGAUGUCGCGCUAUGGACAUCAAUGAUUACUGGGUUAGCCUUCCAUGGAAAUGGCCAGCAAGCUCUGCAAUUAUUCAAAAGAAUGCAAGAAGAAGGCGUGAUGCCAAACAAAGUCACUCUGCUCGCUGUCCUAACAGCUUGCAGUCAUGGUGGACUCGUGGAGGAAGGGCUACACGUUUUCAACCACAUGAAGGAGAAGUUCGGCUUUGACCCUGAAACUGAGCAUUACGGAAGCCUUGUGGAUCUGUUGUGUAGGGCAGGGAGAGUAGAGGAAGCUAAAGACUUAAUGCAAAAGAAGAUGCCAAUGAGACCAAGUCAGUCAAUGUGGGGAUCAAUCUUAAGCGCUUGUCGGGGAGGUGAAGACAUUGAAACCGCAGAGAUGGCUUUAACAGAAUUGCUUAAGUUGGAACCUGAAAAAGAAGGCGGAUACGUUUUGUUGUCAAAUUUAUAUGCAACCGUUGGAAGAUGGGGAUAUUCAGACAAAACAAGAGAAGCAAUGGAGAGUCGCGGAGUAAAGAAGAGUGCAGGAUAUAGUAGUGUAGUUGGAGUAGGUGGAAUUCAUAGCUUUGUGGCUGCAGAGAAGCAAAACCAUCCAAGGUGGUUGGAGAUAAAAGGAAUAUUGCAGCAUCUGCAUGAUGAAAUGAAGUCAAAAAAUUGGAUCUCUUGGACUUGUUGGUAAAGUAGAUCAAUUAGCCAUCUAAGCAUCUGAGAGAGCAUGCAUCAGAGAGGAUCUUUAUCGACACAAAGUAGAGCGUGAUUUCGCAGUUGAAAGCUCCCACGAGAACAAACGCCGGUGCUGGUUGGCUUACUGUGUGUGGAUAAAACAAUCAUCCUCCUUGAAAGAGAUAUCGCUUCAUUUGGAUCAACCUUAUCAUCAGUCAAUUCACAGACAGUGCUGACAACAAUAUCUAUAAAAAAGUUCUGUAUUUGAAGAUGAAGUUAGCGAAGGAAAAGUGGUAAACUCAAGAAGCCGUAUCUAAUGUUAAUACUUAUUGUCACAUACUUGAACUUCAUCUUCUGAACUUAAGAUCGUUAUUAUUUGUGAACCUGCUUUGUCAAAUCAAUAAUUUCUCUCUUUUUGUCUUUGAUUGGUAACAAACACAUUGAGACAAAACCUCUUCAUACUGGAAAAUUCAAAGGCUACAACAUGUUUCUAAGUUCCAAUAGAAGAAAAAA